UGCAUCGACUUUACGAUAGUCUGCCUCUCAGUUUAAUGAUCUGCUUUGCACUUUUGCUCAUCACUUGCUGUUUUGCUAACCUUCGACAUGGCUACUCGAUGCUAAAGUACGGACACAAACUGGACAGAAGGAUGAUAACUUCGUAUGAUAAAUUCAGUAUUUUGGAUUGCGUGGAGGAUUGUUUGAGAACCACACGAUGUCGGUCCAUUAACUACAACCAGGGAGCCCACUUCUGUCAGACAAACUUUGAAACUAAUGUUUCUUCACCAGAGCUGUACUUAGAGAAACCAGGGUGGAUAUAUAGUGCAAGAUCAGACUGGGAUAAGGAGAUAGCAGGAAGUUGUUCACUGUCAAACUGUUCUAUAAACGAGAAAUGCAUCCCAACGCCUUUUGGAGAGUUUUCCUGUAUCUUGUCAGAUUGCGGGGUUCCUUCAGAUGACGGGUUUUCCUUGAAAAAAGUAAAAGAAUGGGAUGCCAUAGGUAUAACAAGAGGGAUCCAUGUAAUUUGUAUGGAAGAAUUUGAACAACGUGGUUCUGAAUUGUUUAUCUGUAGAUCCGACGGAUCAUGGAAAACAGACCUAAACUGCACUUUUAAAGCAUGUCCAGUCGGUUAUACAAAUGUGUGGUCAAAUUCUACAAGAGCUUGCCUGCAAUUUGUUGCUACGCCCACUAAUUAUACCAAUGCCAGACAUGAAUGCUCAGCUGAUGAUGGGGAUCUGGUGAAAAUAGACACACCAGUUAUGAGACGCACUUUUAUACGUUUUGUUGGAGACAAUGUUGCUAACAGUGAAAUUGACGACAUAUGGAUUCAAGGUAUAAAGGACGACAACAGCGUUUGGAGAUUCCAUGAUGGUACCAAUAUGCCGGGUUUCUUAGGACAAUACAUGGAGGAAUCCAGAUCAUUCGGGGAAAAUAAUUUAAGAUAUAAAAUUUCUACCAAUAAAUUAGUGGACAGGAAACCAAACUAUGAUUAUAGCUUUGUAUGUGAAUACAGAUUUAUAUAA